CUUUGGGCUUGCAACAGCUGAGGUGAGGGCCUGUUUUGCUGCUCUGCCAGGAGUUGCUGGAAGAUGCGGAAGGUGGUUAUGGUCACGGGCGCGAGCAGUGGCAUUGGCCUAGCUCUUUGCAAGCGGCUGCUGGCGGAAGAUGAUGAGCUGCACCUGUGUUUAGCAUGCAGGAACGUGGGCAAAGCAGAGGCUGUCUGUGGUGCUCUUCUGGCCUCUUACCCCAUGGCUGAGGUCAGCACUGUGCAGGUGGAUGUCAGCAACCUGCAGUCAGUGUUCCGGGCUGCCAAAGAACUUAAGCAAAGGUUUCAAAGAUUAGACUAUGUAUAUCUAAAUGCUGGGAUCAUGCCUAAUCCACAGCUAAAUGUCAAAGCACUUUUCUCUGGCCUCUUUUCAAGAAAUGUGAUUCAUAUGUUCUCCACAGCUGAAGGACUGUUGACACAACAUGACAAGGUCACUGCGGAUGGGCUCCAAGAGGUGUUUGAAACCAAUGUCUUUGGCCACUUUAUCCUGAUUCGGGAACUGGAACCUCUCCUCUGUCACAGUGACAAUCCGUCUCAGCUUAUUUGGACAUCAUCUCGCAAUGCAAGGAAAUCUAAUUUCAGUCUUGAAGACAUCCAGCACAGCAAAGGCCAAGAACCCUACAGCUCCUCCAAAUAUGCCACUGAUCUUCUGAAUGUGGCUUUGAACAGGAACUUCAAUCAACAGGGUCUGUAUUCCAGUGUGACCUGCCCAGGUACGGUAAUGACCAAUUUGACAUAUGGAAUUCUACCUCCUUUUGUGUGGACACUGUUGAUGCCUGUGAUAUGGCUGCUUCGCUUUUUUGCAAAUGCUUUCACUUUGACACCAUACAAUGGAACAGAAGCACUGGUGUGGAUUUUCCACCAAAAACCCGAAUCUCUUAAUCCUCUGACUAAAUAUCUGAGUGCCACCACAGGCUUUGGAAGCAAUUAUGUCAUGGUCCAAAAGAUGGACAUAGAUGAAGACACUGCAGAAAAAUUUUACCAAAACUUACUGGAACUGGAAAAGCAUGUUAGGGGCACCAUUCAAAAAUCAGAUCUCCACAGCUGAUGAUGACACACUUGGAAACAUUGAGUACUUCCUGUGCAUUCUGGAUUACAUGGCCUUCCAUUGAAGUGGAUGAUAAUGCAUUUGAAGUACUAUGAGCUAUGGUGAUCUCUUCCCCUUCCUUUGAAAAUUACCUCCAAGAUUCUUUAUGUAUUCAUGGGUGUGUGUCCACAUGAGAAAAACAUUGGUAAAGUAAAAGUAUCAAUUAAAUAUUCUCCAGAAUGGUGUUGCAUCAGAAUUACUGGUCACCCAACAGGACAUCUGUUUAUAUUGUUCUGUCAACUGAAGCACAAGCUAUACUCCUUGUGAUAAAAAUACAGAGUGAAUGUUGUGACGCAUUCUCACUCUGGACCUCCUUUUGCCUUCCCCAGCAAGAGAGGGUACUGCCUGCUCUCUGAGUGGUAGUUUUAUCUUUAUUCCUUUCCUUAUGAGCAAUUUUUUUGUAGGCCUUUUGCUUUAUUUCCUUCUCCAUGCUGUUUCCAACAAACCUAACUUAAGAUUACUAGAGUCAAACAGUCUUAAUGUAGAUGCCCAUGUAGUUAAUCUCAGGAACAAAUUAUGUAUGUGUUUGGCCACUCAAGUGGUUGUUAUUUUAAACUUUUUUUUUUAAUGUUAGCAUAGUUCAUACUAACAUUGGGCUUAACACUAUUUGUAGAUUUUUCA